UAUAAACAAACCUAGAUCUGUAAAGGCAGUCUUCAAAAUUGAUUUGCCCCUUGAAGUGCUGCCCAUUAUCUCUUCCGGGUUAACAACGUCCGACGGCCAACACUCCACUCCAAAGAACUGGUCCUAAAGAAACCCGGCGUGGUGGUUACUUUGAUUCGAUUGGAGUUUUCUUAUCGCAGCGCAGUGAAGCAGCCAUAAAUGAUCGACGACACCCUAGUGAUCGUGUGUGCGUGACGACAUUCGAUUCCUUUGCCCCGCGAUCGGAUGCAAACGAUUGCGUUGAUCGCUGCUUACGUAACGUGCAAGGAAGUUUGAUCGUUGUUAGCCGUCCGAUCGUCGUAAUGGAAUCGAUCGCCGUCGCACUGCAACCGCACAAGGAUACCGUCGGCCAGACGGCGGCCCUCGUGACGGUGGUCCAGUUCUUCAGUGGAGUGUUGGUCGUCAACGAGAUCCGGCGUCGGGGCAGCACGGACGGCUUCUCGGCGGUGCCCUUCCUCGCCUGUACCGUGUUUUGCCUGCUGAACGUGCAGUUCGGACAGAUGCUGCAGGAUGACGGCAUGAUACGGGUAAACUUCAUCGGGCUCGCCCUACACUUGCUGUACGUGUGCGCUUUCUAUCUGUACACACCCGGGCCGAAGAAGACGGCCGUCUGGGGACAGAUUGGGCUGGCUGGUGCGUUUACCGUGGGUGUGCUAUCGUACGUCCAGUACGAAGAUCCGAAGGUGGUCGAGUUCCGUUUCGGUGUCAUUCUAACGGCGAUCCUGUGGACACUGGUCGGGAUGCCUCUGCUUGGUUUGGGUGACAUUCUGAAGAAAAAAAGCACCGAAGGGCUUCCCUUUCCAAUCAUCUUGCUCGGUUCGAUCGUGUCGUUUUGCUGGCUGCUGUAUGGAAUCAUUCUUCGCAGCAAUUUCCUUGUGGUCCAAAACCUGAUGGCUCUCGCGCUUGGUGCCGUGCAGCUGUCCCUGUUCAUCAUCUUCCCGUCGUCGGUGGCCAAACCAGCACCAAGUCCAGCCAAAAAGCGCAACUAAACCUCGUCCCGCAACGGGGAUCGUUAAAAAUGGGGGAAAAAAGUAACGAAGAUAAUAAUUCUAGACAAGUAAGGACAAUAACACACUCCACGCGUUUGGCGGAGUUCGCUUGAACAAACAUUCAAAAAUAUUUACCCUCACACCGGGGUUUAUCCAUUUUGAAACUACUUUAUUACAUUUAUAAGAAGCAAGGAGGAUGACAAUAAUGAUAGAAAACACUCCGGCAAGCAAACACGGUAGCUUUUGGCCUCCCCCCGGCUCUAGCGAAGGGAGUCUACUUUAUGACAACAGUUUAAGGACAAUAAAAAUAGCUUCCAUAUAAUGAAACACGUUAAAAGUACACAAAGUUGUAGUGGAUGAAAUUUUUUCGUCGAUAUUUACAAAUUUAUUCCAUGUUGUAAUCGCCUGAAAAGCCGUUAAUAAAGAUAUUUAAUAUUUCC